AAGGAGAAGGGGGAGGAGAAGAAGGAGAAGAGGAGGAGGAGGAGAGGAAGUCAGCACGGGGGUGCUCGAGGCGGCGAGGAGGGACCGAUGAGCGCGGGGGGGGAUGGGGGCUCGGGGUUGGGCCCCCCUGAGCUGCCGGGGGCCCAGCCGACUGCCGCGACCCCCCCCAUCCUCGGGCAGCACCAGAACCACCAAACUGCCCAGGACGGACAGCCGGCCGGCGCGCAGUCGCAGACGGGCCAAGCACUCGGGGCCGGCGCUGGAGCCGCAAAGUCCACCGCCAAGAGGCCGGCCCGCAGGGGUGGCAAAGCGCCGCCCGACAGGCCGGUCAGGGCCCUCUUUUGUCUACCCCUCAAGAAUCCAGUGCGCAAAAUGUGCAUCGACGUUGUCGAAUGGAAACCUUUCGAGUGGCUUAUUCUCAUGACGAUAUUCGCGAACUGCGUCGCCCUGGCAGUCUACACACCGUACCCGUUCGGCGAUUCUAAUUUGACCAACCAGUAUUUGGAAAAAAUAGAGUAUAUAUUUCUUGUGAUUUUUACGGUCGAGUGCGUUAUGAAGAUCAUCGCUUAUGGCUUCGUGGCUCAUCCUGGCGCUUAUCUUCGGAACGGCUGGAACAUAUUAGAUUUCUCGAUAGUAGUGAUAGGAAUGGUGAGCAUAGUAUUGACGACGCUGAUGAAAGAAGGCUUCGACGUGAAAGCGUUAAGGGCUUUUCGAGUGCUACGACCUCUCAGGCUGGUUUCCGGAGUACCAAGUCUUCAAGUGGUCCUAAACUCUAUUUUGAGAGCGAUGAUACCCCUUCUACAUAUCGCUCUGUUGGUUCUGUUCGUCAUCAUUAUUUACGCUAUCAUCGGCCUCGAGCUAUUCUCUGGGAAAAUGCACAAAACGUGCAGGCACAAUGUCACCGGUGAGUAUGCUUCUCGGAUUCCUUGUGGACCAGGUGGCUACCAGUGCGAUAACGUGGGACCCGAGUACUAUUGUAGCAAGCAAUUCUGGGAGGGUCCGAAUUGGGGUAUCACCAAUUUCGACAACUUCGGCUUGGCCAUGUUGACGGUCUUCCAGUGCGUUACUCUCGAAGGCUGGACCGACGUACUCUACAGCAUCGAGGACGCGAUGGGAAGUUCCUGGCAAUGGAUUUAUUUUAUCUCGAUGGUCAUACUCGGAGCUUUCUUCGUGAUGAAUCUGAUUCUCGGUGUGUUGUCCGGCGAGUUCUCGAAGGAGAGAGAGAAGGCAAAGGCGAGGGGUGACUUUCACAAACUGAGGGAGAAGCAGCAGAUCGAGGACGACCUGAGGGGCUACCUCGAUUGGAUCACGCAAGCCGAGGAUAUCGAGCCGGAGGCCGACGAGCCGAAGAUGCAGGAUGGAAAGACCAAGCAGCAGAGCGAAAUGGAGAGCACGGAUCAAUUAGAGGGCGACGAGGAGGGUGUUCAACAGGAAUCUGCGUGGAGGAGGAAAAAGCGGGAUUUCAACAGAGUAAACAGGAGAAUGCGGAGAGCGUGCAGAAAAGCCGUCAAGUCGCAGGUUUUCUACUGGUUGAUCAUUGUAUUGGUUUUCCUCAACACCGGGGUUCUGGCCACCGAGCACUACAAUCAACCGCACUGGUUGGACGACUUUCAAGAGAUCACGAAUAUGUUUUUCAUCGCGCUCUUCUCCAUGGAGAUGAUGUUGAAGAUGUAUAGUUUAGGAUUUCAAGGUUACUUUGUCUCGCUGUUCAAUCGUUUCGAUUGUUUCGUGGUGAUCGGUUCGAUCACCGAGAUGAUCCUCACCAACACUCACGUGAUGCCACCGCUCGGCGUUUCCGUUCUCCGUUGCGUCCGGUUGCUCAGGGUAUUUAAAGUGACAAAAUAUUGGAGGUCGUUGUCGAAUUUGGUGGCUUCCCUGUUGAACUCGAUACAAUCGAUCGCGUCUCUCUUGCUUCUGCUCUUCCUUUUCAUCGUCAUCUUUGCUCUCCUAGGCAUGCAGGUAUUCGGUGGAAAGUUCAAUUUCAGCGAAUUACAGGACAAGCCUCGUCACAAUUUCGACAGCUUCUGGCAAAGCUUGCUCACCGUUUUUCAGAUACUGACCGGUGAAGAUUGGAACGCCGUUAUGUACGAUGGAAUUAGAGCCUACGGCGGUGUUUCAAGUUUCGGCAUGCUCGCCUGUUUCUAUUUCAUCAUUCUCUUUAUAUGCGGUAACUAUAUCCUCCUGAACGUGUUCUUGGCCAUCGCUGUCGAUAACCUCGCCGAUGCCGAAUCGCUGACUGCCAUCGAGAAAGAAGCAGAGGAAGAGGCGGAGAAAAAUAAAUCUCACAGCGCCUCUCCAGCUAGAGAUGAAGUUAGUGGGGACGAACAAGGCGACGGUGGCGAAGGAACCGGUCCGGAAGACGAAGGCGGUGGAACCUAUCUUGAGCACGAUCCUAACGAAACGAUGGAAGAUUACGAGGCGGCCGUCGACACGGAAACAUCGGAGAAAAGCGAAGACAUCAACACCCAUGCCAAAGUACGCUUGAACGUAGAGUCGGACGAGGAGGUUGAGGAAGAAGAGGAGGUCGAACAGAACGAGAUGCACGUGUCGGCCAGACCACGGAGGAUGUCCGAAUUCAAUAUGGCUACGAAGACACAACCGAUUCCAGCUGGUUCGGCUUUUUUCAUUUUUGCACAAAACAACAGGGUUCGAGUGUUCUGUCACUGGCUCUGUAAUCAUAGCUACUUUGGCAACGUGAUUCUCGUCUGUAUCAUGAUAUCGUCGGCCAUGUUGGCGGCUGAAGAUCCUUUACGCGCGUCGUCCCAUAGAAAUCACAUUUUACUGAAUUUCGAUUAUCUUUUCACCACGGUAUUUACGAUCGAGAUCUGCCUGAAGAUGAUCUCCUACGGUUUUAUCAUACACGACGGUGCGUUCUGUCGGUCGGCGUUCAAUUUGCUCGACCUUUUGGUCGUCUGCUCCUCCCUCAUCUCCAUGUCUUUCAGUUCCGGCGCGUUUUCCGUCGUGAAGGUCCUCCGUGUGUUACGCGUGUUGAGGCCUCUGCGCGCCAUCAAUCGUGCCAAGGGAUUAAAGCACGUAGUACAGUGCGUCAUCGUAGCGGUAAAGACUAUCGGAAACAUAGUCCUCGUCACCAGCCUCCUGCAGUUCGUGUUCGCCGUCAUUGGCGUACAACUGUUCAAGGGCAAAUUUUUCUUGUGUACCGAUGCAUCGAAAAUGACCAAGGACGAAUGCCAGGGCACCUACCUCGAAUUCGAAAACGGUAAUAUCAAUAAGCCAGUGAUGAAGGAGAGAAAUUGGUACCAGAAUCGUUUCCACUUCGACGACGUUGCGAAGGCGAUGCUCACGCUCUUCACCGUGUCCACGUUCGAAGGCUGGCCGACAUUGCUAGACGUGUCGAUCGACUCUAACAAGGAGGAUCAUGGACCAAUUCAUAAUUUUCGCCCGAUAGUGGCCGCUUACUACAUCAUUUACAUCAUUAUCAUAGCAUUCUUCAUGGUGAACAUCUUCGUUGGUUUCGUUAUUGUCACUUUCCAGAACGAGGGUGAGCAAGAGUACAAAAAUUGCGAGCUCGACAAGAAUCAGCGAAAUUGCAUCGAGUUCGCGCUAAAGGCGAAACCAGUGCGACGAUACAUACCGAAGCAUCGAAUACAGUACAAAGUCUGGUGGUUCGUCACCUCUCAACCAUUCGAGUACACCAUUUUCACGUUGAUCAUGAUCAACACCGUGACCUUAGCGAUGAAGUUUUAUCGACAACCGGAAAUCUACACGGAAGCGUUGGACGUUCUCAACAUGAUCUUCACCGCGGUCUUUGCCCUCGAGUUUAUCUUCAAAUUGGCGGCUUUUCGAUUUAAGAACUACUUUGGCGAUGCUUGGAACGUCUUCGACUUCAUUAUAGUCCUUGGAAGUUUCAUCGACAUCGUUUACUCGGAAGUGAACGUAAGUUGCGUCGAUCCGUCGUAAACGUGAAUUUGAACGGGAACGUUGUACUUUCAGCCGGGUUCGACCAUAAUUUCGAUCAACUUCUUUCGACUGUUUCGAGUGAUGCGACUCGUGAAACUGUUGAGCAGAGGGGAGGGUAUCAGAACGCUACUCUGGACCUUCAUCAAAUCCUUCCAAGCUCUGCCCUACGUAGCUCUACUUAUUAUAAUGCUAUUUUUUAUUUACGCUGUGAUAGGUAUGCAGGUGUUUGGAAAAAUCGCGAUCGACGACGACACGUCGAUAGACCGGAACAACAACUUCCAGUCGUUUCCUCAAGCGGUAUUGGUCCUAUUUCGAUCAGCUACAGGCGAAGCUUGGCAGGAAAUCAUGAUGGACUGUUCAGCGCAACCGGGUAAAGUGAAGUGCGAUCCGAACAGCGACGAAGUCAAUAAUCCAAGCGGCUGUGGAUCCGACAUUGCAUUUCCCUACUUUAUAUCUUUCUACGUUUUAUGCUCCUUCCUCAUCAUCAAUCUCUUCGUCGCCGUAAUAAUGGACAAUUUCGAUUACCUGACGAGGGAUUGGUCCAUCCUGGGUCCCCAUCAUUUGGACGAAUUCAUUCGGUUGUGGUCCGAGUACGAUCCCGACGCGAAAGGUCGCAUCAAACACCUGGACGUGGUGACUCUCCUCAGAAAGAUAUCUCCCCCGUUGGGCUUCGGCAAACUCUGUCCUCAUCGAGUCGCGUGCAAGAGGCUAGUCUCGAUGAACAUGCCGCUGAACAGCGACGGCACGGUCCUAUUCAACGCGACGCUGUUCGCCGUGGUGAGAACUUCGUUGCGGAUCAAGACGGAGGGAAAUAUCGACGACGCCAACGCGGAACUUCGAGCGGUGAUCAAGAAAAUUUGGAAGAGGACCAGCCCCAAGCUUCUGGAUCAAGUUGUCCCACCUCCUGGAGGCGACGACGAAGUAACCGUUGGCAAAUUCUACGCGACUUUCUUAAUUCAGGACUACUUCAGAAGGUUCAAAAAGCGCAAGGAACAGGAAAUGAAGGAUGGAGACAAAGAGUGUCACAACACCGUCACGCUACAGGCUGGUCUGAGAACUCUGCACGAAGCUGGACCUGAAUUGAAGAGAGCAAUUUCCGGAAACUUGGAGGAACUUGCGGACGACAAUCCGGAACCAAUGCAUAGGAGAAAUCAUUCGCUGUUCGGCAGCGUUUGGUCGAGUAUGAGGAAAGGACAUCACAAUUUCAACCGAGCCAGGUCGCUAAAAGUGAACUCGACGACCAAGGCUUCCCCGACGAAUUCCAUAGACUUCCUGCCGUACUCGUCGCUUCAACGGGGAGGCGGGCAUGACGCGUCGAAUCAAAUAACCGCGAGGUCUCAUCAAGUUGUGCCAAACGUAGCAGGCGGUCUGAGCGACAGCGCGAUGAACCAAAUGGGAAUCGAUCCAAAGCUGACAGGCAUCGAGGAGAGCAUACCUCUGAGACCGUUGGCCGUGUUCGGGAAUCCCGUCCAACAGCAGCCCUAUCAUCAUCUCCCGUACAAAGUGGUCGACGGUCCAGGUAGCGGUAACUACCUUCAUCCGAAUAGCGAAUAUGUUUCCUGGGCCGGAGAGAGUAACGGGAGCAUCGGCGCAGAGCGCCUGUCUCACAGUUUACCAGGCAGCCCUGCCGAUCGGAAGGCCAACUUCGAGGUGAUUGGGAGUGCGGAGAGCCUGGUUGGCCGGGUUCUCGUGGAACAAGGUCUGGGCAAGUAUUGCGAUCCAGAUUUCGUGAGAUACACGUCGCGGGAGAUGCAAGAGGCGCUGGAUAUGACGCGCGAGGAGAUGGAUAGGGCGGCCCAUCAGCUUCUUCUACAAGAACGUCGCGGGCAACCGCUCACCUACCAGUUACAACAGGCUGCAGACCAGCAAUGGACGCCGUCCUAUCAGCAAAGUCAGCAGCCGACAGGUAUCGGCUAUCAGCCGCUGCAGGAGCAACAACCAUAUCGAUCGUACUAUCACGGUGGUGGUGGACAAGCAGCACCGGCCACGUCGGAUCUAACGACGCAGCAGCAGCAACAGCAGCAACAGCAGCAACAGCAGCAGCAGCAGCAGCAGCAGCAGCAGCAACAGCAACAGCAACAACAACAACCGCCACCGUCUUAGCGACGCGAGGACGACCGUCUUCUCGGCCCGUUCACCUAACCUCGAGAACGAGAACGCCUCUGAUCCUCGCGAGAUCAAGCGUCCCUCGCUCCCCGGGCAGAUUUCGGUUUGGCGACCGAAAAGAAGCAACGGGGGAAUCGAAACGAACCAGACUCGUUGGUCGCGGACGCGCAAACCAAUCUCUCUCCGUAAUUCGCCUGGCAGUUUCCGGUGAACGAAACGAGGGAAUUGAAACUUUCUCUCUGCUCUUGUUGUACGAUUUCCAGGGUGAAGAGAGAGACUGGCGAAACAAGGGGGUGAGACGCAAGCAAUAAAGCAACGAGAGCAACGCGAUCGAAGAAGCAUCGGUGCGCGAGCGACUCGGAAACGUCUAGGAUCGAGGGGCCAUCGAAGAGAAGAGAGACACCCACAGCGGAGAGAUGAAUAGUUCGAGGAGAGAGGUAUUCGCGCGAAACGAGGCGCAAACGAUUCAAUCCUUAUUGCUCUCGUUCUUCUCGUUAGAACACUUAAUUCCUUCUAUUACCGUUCUUUAGGAUACAUAAUUGAACUCAUUAUUGCUCUUCGUACGAUGGAUUCUAGAUGAGAUAACAAGUGCCUAAGUAUCUGUAACUUCUUUCG